AUGCGGGACUCAAAGAUCAUGACAUUAUACAUGACUGUAUUUCGACACAAUAUCCCGGCUCCGUCACAAAUGGGCCCGGUCUUGGGAAGAAGCUCGUACAUUGACGAUAUCGCUCAUGGGGCGUCGACCUGGGACCAACUAUGUGAGGACCUAGACGCGUUGGUAUACAGACUGCGAUACUGGAAUAUCUCUAUGAGCUUGCCGAAAAGUGAAUUCGGAAAGUUGACCAUCCCUUUCCUCUCUCAUGAGGUGGGUGCAGACGGGAUCAGGCCUUUGCCGAAGAUUGUUAAAGGCAUAGAGGAUCUGUCAACGUACAAGGAAGUACAGUCCUUCUUAGGAAUCGCCACUGUGCUCUACGAACUGGACGAAGAGCGUGUACGUGCUGGACGGAACCUGGAAGCCGCAAAGGAGUCUUUCGAGAUACUGAAACGUAAGAUCGUGUUGACCCCGCUGCUGCGACAUCCAGACAGAACCAAGCCUUUCGUGAUUAUUCCGCAUGCUAACCCGUGGGCGGCGUGUGCUGUUUUGGGUCAGGAGCAUGAAGGACUUAUACACCCCAGUGUUGAAGGAUCAGAGCUACGUUACCAUAUAGCUGAGAAGGAAGUGCUCGCAGUCUUGCGGACUCUGGAAGUUUUCAGACCUCUGAUCCACGGAUCAGAAUUCCCAGUUGUGGUGUAUACGCGCUACUCUGUGCUAAAGUGGUUACUACAAUCCAACACCACAGAUGGACGACAUCUGAAGUGGGGGCUGGAAUUAUCAAGAUGGCCUCUGGAAAUCCAUCGGACUCAGAAAGAUGAGGACGGCCUUGCGGCCAUCCUUGGGUCCAGUAUCACUCCCAGGGAACAUUUAGAUAAAGUUGCAGGAACCCUGAUCCCUGCCAAGGGGCGUCUGAAAGUGAUGCCUCCAAUGAGUCUGGAAAGGUUGGAAGCAGACUAUCAAGGCUACGUUCUGAGUUUUAAUGACGCUGCAAAGGUUUCUACCCGCCGAGGAAGUUGUGGAUGUAUACUGUGGAAGCUGCCAGGGUGGCAGGUUGUGAAAGCUGAAGGACACAUUCUAGAAGGUGUGACGGUCAACGAUGCUGAAUACCAUGGUUUGAUUCUGGGGCUAAAGCUCGCUAUGAAGUAUGAUGUCAAAGAACUUGUGGCAGUCGGUGAUUCUCGAAUCGUCGUUCAACAAGCUCAGGGUCUGAUCAAUUGCAACCAGCCUAAUUUGCAACGACGCUUGGCUGAGUAUGAGGAUCUCAGGAAGAAUUUUGUGUUGGUGAGGUUAAUUCAUGUUAAACGUGAAUUUAACCAAGCAGCUGACUACUUGACCACUAAGACUCUCUGCAUCUACGGCUCGUGUCCAGAAUCCCUGAAAAGAUCAUGA